AUGAGAAUAAAUACUGACUUCAAAAAGACCGACACUGUUUCUAAGACUAUAGUAGUGAUUUUGCCUUCCAUCGAGGUUAAUAUGGGCUGCACUGACGCAGAGCAAAAUGUAGAUAGUCUCAUGUUUGUCUGUUGCGGAAUAAUUUCUAUAGUGAAGACCAUAUGUUUCCGCAUUUAUGCGAAUAACUUAAUUGACACUUACAACGCUGCAAUAGAAGAUUAUACCACAAUCGAAAGCCCGGAACAGCGUAAGAUCAUGAGAAAAUACGCUUUAAUCGGAAGGAUACUUUCCUGUUUUAUGGUGUGCUUCGCUUACUUCGCAACUGUCGUCUAUACGCUAAUCCCGCUUUUGAGUGACGAGCCGAUUGAUCAGUUCAACGUAACGGACAAGGAAAUCGUGUUGGAGUAUACGAUACCAUCAAAAUGCACUUUGGAGUACUUCCAUAUUCCGAUGAGCAUGUACGAAAUUAUCACUCUCACUGAAUCUUUUAUGAUGGCACUCACGUGUACUUGCAACCACGGUAACGACUCCUUGUUCCUCAAUAUUACACUGCACGUGUGUGGUCAAUUAACAAUUCUGAAAGCCAAUUUUGCCAACAUUGAUGUUACAAGUCCUCAGGUUCAUAAUCACUUUAACGCAUUGAUACAAAGACACGAUUAUCUAAUGAGGUUAGGCCAGAAGCUCGCCGAUACAAUCAGUUUUGCGUUGUUGAUGCAAUUAUUCAUUACCAAUGUAUUACUAUGUAUAAUGGGAUUCCAAUUCAUCUUAGCGUUGAAGAAGAGCAACGCUGUUAUGUUAGCGAAAAGCUGUGUGGUGCUUGGUUCUUUCUUAAUGCAAAUUUCCGUCUAUAGUUUCGUCGGGGAUUAUUUCAAAAACCAAAUGGAAGAAAUCGGACUUUUCCUUUAUCAGAGUACUUGGUACAAUCUUCCUGCAAAGUUGACACGAAACUUGGCCUUUAUCAUUAUGCGAUCUCAAUCUCCGAUCAAACUGCAAGCUGGAAAUUUUAUCGUGGUAAAUCUCACGACCUAUAUAAGCAUCCUAAAGACUUCUAUUUCGUAUCUAUCUGUACUCCGCGUAAUGGUGGAAACGUAG